AGGUUCUACAUAUCUAUUGUCGCCUUUACGACGACCAACAGAGUACGCUGCAUCAAAAAAAAAAGAAUUCGUCGCUACGAAGUGACUGCACGUGCCAUAGCUAGCAACAGUUUGUUCUUGACAAUUAAAAGAUAAAGACGAAGUGGCUCAGUAGAAAAACGACUGAUGUGUACCUGAACACGAUUAUACCGCUUAUGGGUUGUCUAUAUUCAUCGUGUACUUCAAGUGACGUGUGCUUAACAUCAACCAGGUUGCAGCUGAGGCGGCAAUGCAGGCCCUAGUGUCUGUAUUGAGUUUUGCAGCAGUGCUUGCUAUUAUACAUUAUGUAUCAUGGCAGGCCGGACUCUUAGCGAGUGUCCUGCUCCUCAUCGUGUUAAGAUACAAACCAAUAUAUGUGAUGAUCCGAACAUUUCCGCGAGACAUAACGGCAGCAAUUCGCUACUGGCGAUCAGGAAUAGUUCUGUCGUUGAUUUCGUGGCAAGACAAAACGGUGCCCGCGCUUUUCCACGAACGCGUGCUUAAACAUCCGAACCGAGUUAUGUUCAUAGAAACUGAGCGCCAAUGGACAUUUAAAGAAGUCGACGAAUACACAAAUAGAUUGGCUAACUAUUUCGCCGCGAAAGGCCUCAAGGCUGGUGAAGACGUUACGCUUGUUAUGGAGAACCGCGCGGAUGUCGUUCUCUUCUGGCUGGCUAUGGCCAAACUUGGAGUCGCGACAGCUCUUAUUAAUUACAACCUUCGACGCUCUGCCCUUUACCAUUGCAUUACCGCUGUGGACACAAGGGCAAUUGUGUUUUCGCCAAAAAUGGCGCCUUACGUGUUCGAGGUGAGAGCUGAUCUGUAUGAAAAGCUUCAACCCAAAUUCUACGCAUAUGGUGCAAGUGACAUCAUGACUGAGUUUCCGGCCGAAGACAUUCUGCUAACUUUAGAAAAAGUUCCGACGACGCUGCCUAACUACAAAGGUUCACUUGAAAAUCGUCUGCUGUAUAUCUACACAUCAGGAACUACUGGCAUGCCAAAGGCCUCUGUCAUCAAGCAUCUUCGCUAUAUCUACUUGUCGAUACACAUACACUACCUUAUGCCGUUGAAAGAGUCAGAUAUUCUAUACAUUUGCCUCCCUUUGUAUCACAUGGCCGGCGGAAUUCUAGGGACGUCGCAAAGUGUCAUUCUUGGCAAGACCAGCGUGAUCGUCCCGAAAUUUAGCGCGUCGAACUUCUGGAAUGAUUGUAUCAAAUACCAGUGCACUGUUGCACAAUAUAUUGGUGAGACUUGCCGGUACCUUUACACUCAGCCUGAAAAGGAGACUGAUCGACAGCACUCCAUACGCCUUAUGUUCGGAAAUGGUCUCCGGCAGCAGAUUUGGGCGGAUUUUAAAGCUCGCUUUAGUAUUCCUCAUAUUCGAGAAAUCUAUGGAUCAACGGAGGGUAAUGCAAACCUAAUUAACAUCGAUAAUACUAUCGGUAGUGUAGGAUUUGUGCCAACAAUUUGUCGCCACUGCCCAUUUCUGGGACCGCUGCUAUUCAAUUUGGAAAUUAUUAAAGUAGACCUAGAUACAGGGGCCCUGAUUCGGGACAAAAAUGGGCUCUGUAAACGUGUCGGCCCCAACGAGGCAGGUGAAGUUGUCGCGCGGAUAAAAAGAAAAGCUCUAAUUCGUUUCGACGGUUAUACUGACGAAGCGGCCACAUCGAAGAAAAUCUACAAAGACGUUUUUCGUAAAGGCGAUCGAUGUUUCUCCUCUAACGAUAUCCUCGAAUACGACGAGCUGGGCUAUGUGUUUUUCAGGGAUCGAAUCGGCGAUACGUUCCGUUGGCAUGGCGAGAACGUCUCGACGGCCGAAGUAGAAGGUGUCAUCAGUAAAUACACCGGGGCACAGGAUUGCAUCGUUUACGGCGUCGAAGUGCCAGGUGUUGAGGGUAAGGCUGGUAUGGCAGCAUUGCUAGACCCCGAACAGAAGACCGAUCUAAAUACACUCCUAUUGAACAUGCGUGUCGAACUGCCACCCUACGCGAUUCCGCUAUUCAUUCGUUUAGCCAAAAGGAUCGAGUUGACCAGUACCUUCAAACUUAAAAAAAUAGAUCUACUCAAAGAGGGUUUCGAUAUUACCGUAAUAACAGAACCGAUCUAUUUCCUUGAUCAUACAAUAGAUACGUUUGUUCGCGUCGACGCUGACCUAUAUGAUAAAAUUGUGAACAUGACAAUUCGACUAUAGAUGCUUAAAUCUGACCGCAAUUGACGCUCUUCUCUCUGUAUGCUUGCUCUGUAAAUACCUUUAAUAUAACGCGGUGGGAUUAUAUACUCGCUUCACACAAUAUAAAUAUAUUUAUCUAUUUCUUUUACUUCUGGCGAGUGAUCAGUGUUAACACAAAUCGUAAUUAUAUGGUAAUGGGUCAGCCAUGUAGCUGAUUCAUGCAUGUCUGUAGGUUUACCUAUGAACUUACAAGGUACAUUUAAAGUGUGCAUCAUGCGUUUAUUUUGUUACAGCAAGUUUGAUUAGGACAGAAUUCGUCUCCUGUUUUUUGAAAGUGACGGGCUGAGAAAUACUUGAGAAGGACUAUCUUUCAUCGGUUCCUUGAAACAUAAGGAGCAUCUGGAGCUACAUUUGGAGUACCAUCAAUACGUAUCAAGAGACGACGACUUAGAGAUUUUUUUG